AUGAAAAUUUGUGUACCUCCCAGCGCCACAGGAUCUUUAUUCGAGCUUUCGCGCAAGCUGCAAGGCAGUAGGGAGAGCGUAUAUGAUAGUGAAGCAUCACUGUUCAACACUGAUGUUAUGCUGUCGAUGAUGAUGAUGAGGGAGAGUGUACAGCGAACCGGGGGUGAGAUGGCUCAGUGGUCAAAGCGCAAAUUCACUGACAGGAAGGUCCGUGCCUCAAACACGACCUCUGCAUCGCGCCCUUGGGAUCCGUUGCGUGCCAUUUCUUGUGGGGUUUUCAACCGCCUACCGGAAGCGCACAAUGAACGGGUCAAUACCAAGCUAGAGCUGCGUUAA